GACCUAUCAGCCUGGCUUCCUUCUAGUCUAGACUAACUGUCUUCAUCGUCCUUCAAAUAACCCACUUCCAACCGUUUAUCUAUCACUUUUCUCCAACCGAUACCUCUUGCUUCUGGACUAUAUAGGUGUAGAUGGUGGUCCGCACUUCUCCUACCUGCCUGUGUAUCUCCCCAACCCUAUCAAAUGCUUCCCACGGCUCAGUUGAGCUAAUUGAAUCUUGGUUACCAUCUCGUUUCAUCGCUCAUCCCUCAUCCUCUUAAUCCCCUCUUUUCCUCCAAUCUCAAACUACGUGUCUGGUCGUUUUGAUAUAUGUUGGUCAAUUGAUAAGCUGCGUGGCGGUUCAUCAUGAACGGACCAUUUAUUCCAACCAAGAACCCUUCUCAGCCCAAGGGCUCUGGUCCUUCUCUCCUGGCUUGUCUUCUCUGUCGCCAUAAGCAUCUUAAAUGUGACGGGGUGACCCCUGUCUGUGGCCGCUGCGCAGCCACAGGGGCAGAGUGCCAGUACACUCCUUCUCGUCGUGGGUACAAAGGACCCUCCAAGAAACGGCGCGCCAACCCGUCGUCUCCCGAACGGACACCCUCUUCUGAUCAAUCGUCUUCGUUCGACUUCCAGUCGGUCGCACUACUGGAUACUUCCCAGGAUUGGACCGUUCCGGACGGACUUUCUUACAUUUUCCCAAACGGCUUCGCCUCUUCAGACUCGAAUAACUCCAUUCUCAACAACGAGAAGGCACUAGUGUCGGACUCUGCGCCGGUCAGCAACGGUUGCCCUCUCACUCCCGAUUCGGUGAAUUCCGUCGCUGGUGAUGGGUAUCUCAUUGAUAUUUACUAUACGUACUUUCACCCUUCGCAUCCGAUCCUUCCUCCGCUUCGUAUACUCUAUCGCUCUCAUGUGCCGCCAUUUCUCGAGCAUGUUAUCAAGUUCAUCGGUUCCCACUUUACCCCCGCCGCAAAUAGUGAGGUAUAUAGACCCUCCGUGAUGUCGUCAGCGAUGGAGCAAGAUAGCUCCGUGGAGAAGCUGCAGGCACUUCUGCUGCUGGCUGUUGUGUUGCAUUCGCGAAACGAGCGGGCAGAAGCCGGGCAAUGCCUCGCUACGGCCGUCGACCUGGCCUUCGAACUCGGACUUCAUCGUCAGGAUUUUGCCAUCUCCAUGGGCGGAGGUGAUCCGAUACGGGAAGAAAGUCUGCGACGCACUUGGUGGGAACUGUUCAUAGUAGAAGGCAUGUUAACUGCCCUGGGUGUCCAGCGUACCUUCCGCACCAGCCUAGUACCACUCGAGGUCGGCCUUCCAUGCGAGGAACGCAUCUUCCAGGAUGGAUUGGCCGCUCCACCGCCUCCUACCAUUGCUCAAUUUGAUGACCACAUUUUUGCCGACGAGGAGCGAGAUUUUUCCUCCUACACCUAUCGGAUCGAAGCUGUUCGUAUUCUCGGGCGGGUGGUUACCAUUCAGGACAUGCUUGAGGGUCAAGAAGACCAUGUGGAGGCGAUCGACGCGCGUAUCAACAGCUUUUUCCACCAUCUUCCCGAAUCGAAAGCUGAACUAAUGCGUCCAGAUGGGUCGGUGGACGAGAUGAUGUUCCAGGCGAAAAUGAUCGCGAACGGAGCGAGUGUCUACCUCAACUUCCCACGAUCCGACCUACUAUCGUCACCUGCGGUUGCUGCUGAAGUCAUCUGCGGACAUCAUGGUCCCUGCAGCAUCCCGGCCUUCACACACAAUGAUCAUGCCAUGAAAGCUCUCAAGGCAGCCAAGGACAUCUCCCAGUUAGCCUCCAUCCGAUUACCAGUCGUCAAACAUACACCCUUCUUCAUCUGCGCGCUGGUUCUCAGCUCCAUCGUGCAGUUAGCAUCCUGCUCCGUCAAAGCCGGGAGGAUGCCUGAACCCAGCCGGGAACGACUGAGUCUCACCAUCGGUGUCUUCAAGACUCUGGCGCGUACGUGGGCGAUCUCUCAGGCGAUAAUGCGACAGGUCAAGGCUGUGGCGCGCGACGUGUUGGAUGUUGGACUGCGGCCCGCCGCGGAGCCCCUGCAAGUGGAUUUGACGACUGUCCUUGACGGUGGCCGGUUCUGGUUGCCAGAGGCACUCCCCAGCUGAAUAGCUGUGCCGCCCUUGCCUUCCAACCUGAUUGAUGCCCGAUAUGAUUCUACGCAGUCUUCCUUAAAAUCUGCCUUGAUACCCACAACUAUGAUUGAAGUCAUAUCCGAGAAAGCACAUGAUUUACGCCGAGAGCUACUGGUCCACUUGAUGAUCAGCCGGAUGGACAUUGGGUGCGGCCGAGGGAACACCUUACAAAUCCCAUGUAUUCUCAGCAAGAUCUGUCGUUGCUUCUGACAAUGUAGGCCAGAAUCUCAAUCAAAAUGUCUAUCCCUCAUGAAUUUAUGGAGAUAGCAAAAUGAAGUCACCAGGUCAGCGUCUAGCAUUACAUGUCGCUUCUUGGGCGUAUUACAUGAGCGAUAAACCUAUAUCUGAUAUAUACGGAGUAUGCUUUUAUCCUUUAUCCUUCAACUGUCAC